AUUAAACACUCGUGUUUGGCCUAAGUACCAGUUUACUAAGUGUUGGUUAUGUAUUUGGUAGAUAUUUAUUCUCCUGCUAAUGAUGCUCGCGAAGUUUUCUGCUGCCUACCACAACCAAAGAAUAAACGGGCAGAUUCUGCUUAUCUAUUGGCUCAAUGCUCAAUGAAAUCUCUGAGCGUCGAACAAAUCUUACAUCAAACGGAAAUUUCUAUUCUGGGCCUAAAACAAUAUUCGUGAGAUCGUAACAAUAAUCAUUUGCAAAAAUGGAAGAGGAUCAACAAGCUCUUAUAAGACGAAUAUCGACUGCGUUGAUGUAUGCAGCAAGCUCUUUCUUUAUAGUUGUGAUAAACAAAGUGGUACUGACAACAUACAAAUUCCCAUCUUUCCAAGUUUUAGGCUUGGGGCAGAUGGUAGCAACAAUUGCAGUUCUUUUCAUUGGCAAACAGUCAACAAUAGUGAAGUUUCCAGGGCUUGAUAGGAGCACAUUUAGAAAGAUCUGGCCUCUACCUCUGAUAUAUGUUGGAAAUCUCACGUUUGGGCUAGGAGGAACUAAAAUGCUCAAUUUACCAAUGUUCACUGUUCUCAGAAGGUUUUCUAUCUUAAUGACAAUGAUAGCUGAGUACUGGCUACUCGGGAUCAGAGCAAGUCGGCGAGUGCAGAUGUCAGUUUACCUCAUGAUUGCUGGCUCGGUUAUCGCUGCAAGCUCCGAUCUCGCAUUUGAUGCCGUUGGGUAUUUUUAUGUCUUAAUGAAUGACGUUUUAACUGCAGCAAACGGUGUCUUUGUAAAAAAGAAACUUGAAUCAAAAGAACUUGGAAAGUAUGGUCUCAUGUUUUAUAAUUCCCUGUUUAUGUUGGUACCUGGUAUUCUUUUCGCAUUUUACAAUGGAGAACUUCAAAAGGCGAUGGAUUUUAGUGAUUGGAACAAUUCUGUAUUUUUAUCACAAUUCAUUUUGUCCUGCGUUAUGGGGUUCAUUCUCAAUUAUUCGAUUGUUGCUUGCACACAAGCCAAUUCAGCGCUUACAACAACAAUAAUAGGAUGUCUAAAGAAUGUCACGAUCACUUUUAUUGGUAUGGUCCUCGGCGGUGAUUAUGUGUUCAGCUGGACAAAUUUUACAGGGGUUAGCAUAAGGUUUCGUCAAUUGCGGCGCUCGCAGGCAAAGCAUGCAAACCAGACAACGCCUGCAGGCACAGCCGAAAAAGUAUCUUUUUAAAUUUCUCCAGUUUUUUAUAGAUAUUGAGGAGCAAUUAAGCUACAUAUUUCACCAUUCUUUUUUCGAAUUAAACGACCACGCUACUCGAAACAAAGAUGAGGAAGGCCUAUGACACCAGGGACAUAAAGUCCAUAAAGACGAACCAUAAAAAUCCUAUUGCUCUGCCAAAUCUUUAGGAUAAUGAAACGCAACAAUAUAAAGAGAAGGCUGACGUGAAUCUUACUUAUAAAGAUGUAGACACUGUGUUUUCCAAAUCCAUGUUGUUUUUGACAAAAUUUAUGGAAUGGCUUUACAGUAAGGACGGCAUACAGUGAUAGACAAGGCAGCUUGAAAUUAUAGGCCCUUAAAUUGAUUUUUUACGAUCUUUUGUGACAAGACAAAGGAAGGCAGUGAUGCCCAUUUUGCAACCCUUAAGAACAUUCAUUUGUCACUAACUUCAAACAAAUUUCGUUGACUGUAUCAAAUGUAUCUGACAAUGAACUUCGGUUCAAAUUCAGAGACUUUUGUGACGUAUUCAAAGUAUUCUUUACCGUCCAAGAAAAUGAUUUAUGUAGCAAAGAGAAAUUAACAUAUUUUCUUGGCAGAAACAUAAAAAGUUCAAAGGUAUUUGAGUGCUUAUAGGUUUUUUUCGUGUAGUUUCAGCAUUCAUGUCAGUUGGAUCGGUCAUAGAGUGAAGGUUUCCACGUACGAAAUCCGUAACAACAAACAUAAUGAUUCUUGGUCCAAAUUCUUAAAUGAAAUAUAAGGCGAUUGAAAUUUGGAUUAAUGGUCUAUAAAUUAAAAUGCUGAAAGGAUUUUUAAUGAAAGUAUGAUAAAAUAUUGCAAGGAGUUGAAACAAUAAAACAGACUGACAUUUCUUUCAUCGCUUGGAUAAGACUAAAGAAUCGAUGGCAUCAAAAUUUUUGGAGCGAAUGAAAAAAUCAAAGCCAGAUUUUCCUUUUAUGUCAUACGCUUAAGUUUUUUUAAACUCUAUAAAACCAUACUUAUUGAUGAAACCGACGCUAUUUUAAAGUCAUUUUCUAGUAAAGUAGUUCUGUUACGAUUUACUAGUCUGUGAAAAUAGAAAUGACUCAUGAACAAUAGGAAUGAAACACAUUAUCAUAUUGCUGUCUCUGUUCUGACGCAAGCAAACGACAAUAAUACGUAUGGCUUUGCCAAAACGUAUGCCAGAAUGUAUGCUCAUUUUUUCUACAUUCAUGUACGGAGUUUCAUCAAACAUUACUUCAUGCCUCUCUCUUAAAGAAAUUUUAAUUCAUAUGAAUAUGCAUUCCAUAUGAAAAAAAUCUUGCAGGCACAAUUAGCAUAACAGUUUCUGCUCGCAGGAACAAAUUUUUUAGGGGGAUUGUUAGCUCAACCAACUUUCAUCAGUUGGAAUUGCCUUAGGAAAGGUUUUAACAUCUAGAAGCAUUCUUAAAAUUCUUAGAGUUUCUAUGCAACAAAGACAGGAUAAGGUUAUUGCAGAAUUUUGAAGUGACCUUAUUUCAAGUAAUUUAUCCUAAAUUGACCCUGAGUUAAAUAUCGCAGAAGUAAGCGUUUGCUAGAGGAUGAUAUCUAAUAGUUUCUAAUAUUUUUUCCAGUUUCUUAGUACAAAGAAAAGUGUAUUGGUACAUUGACUGAUUAAUGUUUAGGAAAGAUUUAUGCAAGACCGCAUUCUUCAUCAUACUGAAUUAUGCCCCUAAAAUAAAGGACUGUUUUUUUCUCUUUAGCAAUAAGAAAGGCUGCUUUACUAGUGAAUUAUUUCGCAUUCAGCAGCACCCAUUGCUUUAGGCGUUGACUGUCCCUGUGUUGUUUGUAUAGUUGUGCAUUCAUAUCGUGAUGUAAUUAUUUUGACGUCAUUACAUUGAUGUAUGGACAUCUUUAGAGCUUGAUGUUGUGUCAUCAUUU